CCGCGUCCCCACCUUAUCACUUCCCCACCGAACCGUACACCGUUUCUCGGUGAAAAAAGCGCGAUCCUCUCUCCUCAUCCAUCGCCGCCGACGCCCCCUCCUCAUCUAGCAUCGCCGCCCCUCAUCCUUCAGCGCCACCGCGAUCUCUCAACGGCGGAAGACGGAAGGCCGCCCCAUCCGUUGCGCCUCCCUCUUCCACCGCCGGCCUCCACAUCCGGCGCCGCCUCUCCCCCUCCUCCCCAUCCACCACCGCUUCACCCUCCUCUUCGAGCGACGAGAUUGGUGGCGGCGAGCUUCGAGCGCUGAAGGCCGACGAGCUCCGUGCGGCGGAGGGUGAGGAGGUCGGCCUCUCUCCUUCCACUGCCGCUGCGGUUAUCUGGAUCUGGUGGCCGCACCUCGCCGUCGCUUCUCUGUUCCUCCAUCGCCAUUGCUGCUCGUUCAGGGGACCACGCCGCGGGGGACACAGCUCGCCCAACGCGUGGCUCGAGCAGUGACGCCACAGUCCAGCGUGGUGCAUUGAACAUGGGGCCUUACGGGAGUAGUAGAAUGCUGUGACGUGGUAUGCUGGGGCUGAAUGCACAUCAGCACAUGUAUGAAUUGUGAACGGGGCCUUUAGAAUAGAAGACGAGAGAGCCAAGCAAGAAAGCCAGCCAUUCGCCAGCGGUUCACUACAAGUAGCCAGCGCGCCACCCAGCAGUUUCCCCACCAACUCUGUUUUCCUUGGCCCUCCUCGUCUCUGGUCAACCGGGGGCAAGUCUGACUGCGUCCGCAUCUUUGCUUUCUCUCUCUUCUUCUUCUUCCGCGCCUGUUUCUUGGCUCCCGGCCGAGGACGGCGGGCGGGAUGAAGGCGGGCGAGCGGCCGAAGCUGGUCCGGGGCGUCCGGCAGGAGUCGCGGCGGUUCCGGCUGCUGGUCAUCGUCGUCGGCUUCUUCCUCGUCUCCCUCACCUUCGUCUUCGUUUCCAAGCCCGACGCCAUCCUCUUCAGCUUGAACGGCAAGCUUCCGGUGGAACAGGCGCCGACGUCCAUCCUGAUCCAGCAGAAGGUCAACGAGCCCUCCGGCGAGUCCCGGAAAACCUCCACCGACGCUCUCCGUGGUGACCCCAAAGUGGUCGACGACGAAGCUGAUGCGAAACCAAAAGGGACAGGAGGAGGCAGCGAGGAGGAAGAGGGGAGAGUGCUGAGCGAGCCGGACCCGACCAGCGGAAUGAUGGAGCCGACCCACAACAAGGACGGCAACGGCCAUAAAUCUCACCAGGAGACGUUAGGCGGUGGAGGAGACGGGGAGAGUAAAGGGAAUGACGAGGAGGGCGAACACGCGGAGCAGAAGCAUAAAGUCACCCUCCCAACAGUUUCCAAUUACACAAUUCAUGAUGCUGCUGAGGACACUGAAAAUGCCAAGCAAGAAGGUAUGAAUAAUGUCCAGCAGGGUAGCAAGCCCUUGUGUGAUUUCUCUAAUUUCAGAGCAAAUGUCUGCGAGAUGCGUGGUGACGUUAGAAUUCAUCCAACUGCCACUUCGGUCUUGUUCAUGGAGCCUGAAGGUUCGCAGAGGGAUGAGGUGUGGAAGAUUAAGCCGUACCCUCGGAAAGGGGAUGAAUUCUGCCUCAGCCAUAUCACUGAGGUAACCGUGAAAUCGAGCAAAGUGGCGCCUGAAUGCACCAAAUACCACGAUGUGCCUGCUGUGAUCUUCUCACUGACCGGCUACACGGGGAACCUGUUCCAUGAUUUCACUGAUGUGCUCGUCCCUCUUUUCACGACUGCAAGCGAGUUCAAUGGAGAAGUUCAGUUCCUUAUAACAGACAUGGCACUUUGGUGGACGAUCAAGUACCAGACAGUUCUCCAGAAGUUAUCCAAGUAUCCUGUGAUUGAUUUCAGCAAGGAUGACCAAGUGCACUGCUUCAAGCAUGCCAUUGUCGGGCUGCAUGCCUAUAUGGAGUUCACAAUCGACUCAACCAAGGCACCGCACAACUAUUCGAUGGCUGAUUUCAACAGAUUCAUGCGUGGAGCUUACUCGCUGGGCAGGGACAGUGUGACCGUGCUCGGUGAGUACCCCAAGAUCAAGCCAAGGUUGCUCAUCAUCAAGAGGCACCGUACAAGAAUGUUUCUCAACCUGGAUGAGAUCAUUUCCAUGGCAGAGGAGCUUGGCUUUGAGGUGGUGAUUGACGAGGCCAAUGUGAGCUCCGAUAUCUCCCGGUUUGCGCGGCUGGUUAACUCCGUCGACGUGAUGAUGGGUGUCCAUGGUGCUGGGCUCACAAACUGUGUGUUCCUGCCACAGCAUGCGACGCUCAUUCAGAUAGUGCCAUGGGGUGGCCUGGACUGGAUAUCACGCACCGAUUUCGGCAACCCUGCAGAGCUGAUGGGUCUGAGGUACAAGCAAUACAGCAUCGGCGUCGACGAGAGCAGCUUGACAGAUCAGUACCCUAGAGACCACGAGAUUUUCAAGAAUCCUAUCUCAUUCCACCAGCGCGGAUUCGAUUUCAUCAGGCAGACUUUCAUGGACAAACAGAAUGUGAAGCUGGACUGCAAGAGGUUCAGGCCUAUUCUUCUGGAGGCACUGGAUAAUCUAAACCCGUAGGCUUUGAGAUGCUCUUGUACAAUGUUCCAUUUUUCUUUUCACGGUUCGUUCCUUUUACUUUUAUGUAGUAAAUCUGUUGUUUAUUCUCUCUCUAUCUCUCAUGGCUUUCAUGAGGAGAUGCAAAUUGUCUGAAUUAUAGAAAAAUUAAGAACUACUUGUGUGAUAGUGUAAACUGUAUAAAUUGCCGUCGCUCCAAGAUGGAACAAUAUUCAUUCUAAUCAUAUAAAGGUUCCUUGAAUUAUUCAUCGAGAA